GUUACUGUUUGGUUUAGUUCUGUUGGUUGGCUGACAGCUUGUUUGACUUGCUUCAGUGAACGGAAAGAUGGAAUCUGCGUCUACGAAAAAGGUCUGCUACUAUUAUGACGUUCAAGUCAUUCUCUUGCUCAACUGACCAAAAUAGUUUUGUUUCCCCAUACCUUCUCAAGACCUGGAUUGUGAAACUCCUAACAAGUUACCAUCUCCAAAGUUCAUUGUUCUCGAUGACUAGCUAGCAUUUUAGUAAUUAAGCUAGCUUCAAUAUUUAGAUAGACAAUUAAAGGGGAUUGCACUAAAUAACUUGAUGUCAGGGGUGUACGUUCCCAUAUGGACGGUUUAUAUUGUAUUUCAUCAUUUCUUAGUACAAAAAAAUGAAAAAUUACCAUUAGGACGUUAAUCCAAAUUCGUCCUUCAGCUUAUAGUGUGACCGCAAAAAGUUAUGCUAUUGAACUUAUUUGUAGCGAAAUCCAAGCACCCAUUCCCCCCCUCACUCUAGAGUAUCUGUUUCACGUCUGGGUAAUAAAUCCAAGACAUUAUCUUCGAGUUCCUAGAAAAACAGUUCGGUAAUUAAAACAUCUGUAAUCCUUUACCCGUUGUUAUUAUGUAAUUGUCCUUAAUUUUGUAGUUACUACUGAGUUUUAUUUUAACCUAUUCCGGUAUUUCUAGUGCCGUAACUCGAAUCAGCUGAUGCUGAGAACCGCAUUCAAAUGUGAUUAUACGUCGAAGUUUCACUUAAGUAUGCUGUCUUACCGGACCGCUCAUGCAAUUCUGUCACUUUGGAAGUGGUUUUACUUUGACUUAGGAUGACAUGCUUUUUGACUGGAUCAUACUCAGCUUUUUACUUGUUAGAUUUAUCAGCAUGCAUUUAUCGCCGGACGUUUAUAUUUGUCUGCACACCUAAUCAAAAAUUUGUCAAAAAUAUAGCGGUUAACCCAUGUGAUAUUGGAAAUUAUUAUUAUGGUCAAGGACAUCCCAUGAAACCGCAUCGCAUAAGGAUGACCCACAAUCUUCUUCUUAAUUAUGGUUUAUAUAGAAAAAUGGAAGUUUAUAGGCCAUCUAAAGCAUACAGCGAAGAUAUGACAAGAUUCCAUAGUGACGAAUAUGUCAAAUUCUUGAAGAAUGUAAGACCAGACAAUAUGCAUGAAUUUAAUAAACAAAUGCAACGUUUCAAUGUUGGCGAAGACUGCCCAGUCUUUGAUGGACUUUUCGAAUUUUGCCAGUUAUCAGCUGGUGGUUCUAUUGCUGCAGCCGUGAAACUGAACAAACAGCAAACUGACAUCGCCAUUAACUGGGGCGGCGGUCUCCAUCAUGCAAAGAAAUCUGAGGCGUCAGGAUUCUGCUAUAUCAAUGAUAUUGUAAUAGGGAUUUUAGAACUUCUGAAAUAUCACCAAAGAGUUCUCUAUGUGGAUAUUGAUAUUCAUCAUGGUGAUGGUGUUGAAGAAGCUUUCUAUACUACUGAUAGAGUAAUGACCGUUAGCUUCCACAAGUACGGCGAAUAUUUUCCUGGAACUGGUGAUCUAAAAGAUAUUGGUGCUGGUCGAGGUAAAUAUUACGCUGUCAAUUGUCCACUGAGAGAUGGGAUGGAUGAUGAUUGCUACGAGCGUAUUUUUAAGCCUGUCGUAACGAAAGUUAUGGAAACUUUUCGACCCGGGGCCGUUGUCUUACAGUGUGGUGCUGACUCAUUAUGUGGUGAUCGACUUGGGUGUUUCAAUCUUAGUCUGAAAGGCCACGGAAAAUGCGUCGAAUUCAUCCGCUCAUUUCCUUUGCCGCUUCUUCUUGUAGGAGGUGGUGGUUAUACAAUCCGGAAUGUUGCUAGAUGCUGGACUAAUGAAACAUCUAUUGCCCUUGCAACUGAGAUCCCCAAUGAUUUACCCUACAAUGAUUAUUAUGAGUAUUUCGGCCCUGACUUCAAGCUGCAUAUAAGUCCGAGCAAUAUGGCUAAUCAGAAUACUAAUGAAUAUCUUGAGCAUAUAAAAACGAAACUAUUUGAAAAUCUGCGAAUGAUACCUCACUGUCCUAGUGUUCAAAUGCAAGAUAUUCCGGAUGACAUUGUCGAUUUUGACGAAAAUGAUGCUGUUGCAAAAGAUUUAGCUGAUCCAGACAAGAGGAUUUCAAUAAUGGCUGCGGAUAAAGCCAUCAUGCCCAAUAAUGAGUUUUUCGACGAUCCAGAAGAAGGUUCUGGACUUGGAGGCACUACACUUCGAUCAGGCAAAUCAGCUUCACGAGAUGUUCAAAAUCACCGAGACCAACCAAAACGCGCACGCACGGAUGAAGAUGCCAGUUCAUCCACCACGAAAUCAAACAGUAAAGAAGGAAGUGGGUCUAAAAAGUCAGAUUCUACUAGUGACAAGCGUUCGGAGUCCAAAAGCGAUUUUGUAGAAAAAAUGGAGGUCGAUUUAUCUAAAAAAGCCAACGGUCUAAUAGAACCGGAGCGAGCUGCUAAUUAACUGGGUUUCUGUCACAUUGUUUACUCUUAAUAAUUUUUGUAAAUGUCUUUGUCCCUGUCUUCUUUUAUACAAAUAAUCCCCCGUGAUUCACAUGAAUGUCAUGUUUAUGAUAUCCUGUGUUCAUUGUUUGUUUGACAUCUAACUAUAUGUAUUCUCUCUUCUUAUUUUCCGGAAUUGCCUGUCAUAUUGUACGCAUUUAUUCGACUUAAAUACUACUAAAUUGUACAGUUCCUGCAAAAGUAUACCAUUUGCUAUUCUAAUGUUCAGUGAAUUCAAUUUUGCUUAUAUGUUUUAUGAUAAAGGUAGGUAAUAAAAAUUUACAGUAUUCAAAUGACCACUUUUCUGUAAUUCAAAAAUAUAUCGACCAGCUGGCAGCAGGGUGGAAAAUCAUUUUUCGAACAAGUUAUUCAUUUUGUACAGUUUUGUUUAGAAAAUGAGUACGUAAAUAAACAGCAACAUUUCACUGAAUCACUUC